AACUUCUGUCGAUACGUGUUUCGCUAGUUUUUCGUUUGACUAAUAUGUUGUUCUGUGUCAACCGCUUAUACAAAGUGCAUCCCGGAGUACACCAGUCCUUCUUGAUUAUUGCAAUAUCUAUAACUAUUUAUAUCAAUACCGUGGCGUGCCAUCGCUCGGUGUCUUCUGUUUUGAGGUGGGGACUAGGGGGACUUUGAAUCUGUGUUGGUGUCGUCAGGGAUUCGCGCACUUCCGGUAACUUCGUACUUCUAAUAUAUAGAUCUAUCAUUUUAUUAGAGGAUCACUUUUAGUCACUGACGUUAUAGAGAUCAUCACCUCGUCUUCCUUGAACUAUAGGAGAUGUUCUCGAGCUACCGCGAUCGCGAGGAUCAAAAGUAGCUAGGCUUUCUGUCCUGACGUGGAUAAAUCAAGAUGACUGAUGCGGGCUUGAAGAAGGGUUCGUCCGUUUUUAAAGGAGGUGAACGGUCUCUGAUAAUGGAUGCCUUGUCGGACCAGCCAGGGGAGCUGAUGAAGACUGAGAGUCCCAACUUCGUUUGCUCUCUCCUCCCACCCCACUGGCGGAGUAAUAAGAGUUUGCCGGUUGCCUUUAAAGUGAUCUCCCUUGGAGAGACGAAAGAUGGAACGAUUGUGACCAUUGGAGCGGGGAAUGAUGAAAAUUGUUGCGCUGAACUGAAAAAUAAUAUAGCAGUCAUGAAAAAUCAAGUUGCCCGUUUCAAUGACCUGCGUUUUGUUGGAAAAUCAGGCCGGGGGAAAAGCUUCACACUGUCAAUAUUCGUAUGCACGAACCCUCCUCAGAUUGCUACGUGUAACAGUGCUAUUAAGGUAACUGUCGAUGGACCAAGACCUAAACGACCCAAGUCCAAGCCAGACCACGAACCUCGAUGUGUCUCUUCCCUCAUCGAUACAAGCCACGCCCAUUCUUGUGGGGUAGCUAUCUCUCACAACCAUGGCAACCAGAUUGGAAGACAGCAGCCAUUCAUGAACCAGGGAUGGAUGCCCGGAUGUUAUCCUCUAUCUUCAAUUUCUACUGAUACUUCCCAGCCUGGAAUUUAUACAAGUCCAUAUCUAUCAUCGGGUCACCAUCCUACUACUGGCAACUCAUCUACUCAUCCUCCGCAAAUAAAGUCAGAACCACUGGAGAUAAACUUCGUCCAGCAGAACUACCCACAGUUCAUCUACCCAACGCAACCUGAGGAUGUACCAUUCAACCAGGCUGCUACGAGCGCCAUCUCAGGAGUAACACCCGAGGAAGAUCCACAGCGGAGCAUCUUGCCGGUAACACCAAACCAACUUCCCUUGCCGUUUCAGCCUGCUCAGAAUGUCUUCCCCAGCUCCAAUGCUGUUCCGGUGACUUCAUCAGCAUACUCGAUUUACCCCCACCUCUAUCUGUCAUCCUCUUCAUCUCAGUAUUGUGGUGGUUCUCUCAACAUGCUCCCAUCAACAAGGUCAGAUGACAACCGGAAGUUGGAGGAUGAAGAACCGACUAAUUGCAUUUCCAUGGAAACCGCAAUUCACCUUCCUCAUUCUGCUCCAGAGAUGUCUCUGGGUUUCGGAGGACAUCCGCAAAACCCGAAUGAACUUGAUGAAGCAAAAACAACAGACGCGCAUGGCAUCGGAAUCGAGAUCAUUCAACAGCAUCCUCAAGGCAUCACCAACAUAGCGCCAAUCCAUCAAACUGUUCUGGGACACUUCCCACUCAUGUCAGAUUCGAGAAAAGAGGAGUUUUGGAGACCAUAUUAAAGAACUUUUGAGUAGGCACAGAUCCUAGGAAGCACUCAUUUUAUGAAAUCCUUGAUUCCCACCUGCUUCUUUGAGUUAUUUUUUUAAAGAAAGGUAUCUACGAAUAGUUUAUGCGAUGGAAAGGUUGACCAACAUCGGAAAUGGACAAUUCCAUGGAAAUGACACCUUUCCUUUCACGAUGAAAAUAUCGUAACGAACCAUUAUUUUAUUCUUAGUCUUGUUUUCUCAUCUUUCGUGUUUAAAUUAUUCAUAAUCAGUGUUUAUCCGUAAAAAUGAAUUGCAUUGGAUAGAUAUUUCUUUUGAUCUGAUCGUCACGGGUUCGUAGUUUGUAUCAUUAAAGAAUGAAUUGGCAUAACGAUAUAUUCAUGUACAGAUGAGAAUGAGAAUGAUGAAGUAUUACAACCGGCACAUCCAUAUCUUCGUCAACAAGGUGCUUUAAAUGUCGCAAGUGUAUGUAUAUAAUUUAGCUUUUACAGACAUAUGCAUCAGUCAGCAUGAUCAGGGUUUUUGCGAAGGGGACGGAUUCUACAACACAGAAAAUUCAUUAUCAAAAGCCCUUCACGACAAAGCAGUCUUUGUCGAAAUCGGCGAAUCAAAACAACAGUUUUGUCCUGGACUCAGUCUGGACAAACGACAUUAUUUGCAAUUUUUCGUCAACUCUGAAUCUUACGAAGAUCAGCAGUCCGGGUUCACCAAUCUACAAAAACUUUCAGCUGUUCAUUGUGAUUUUGCAUCUGGGACCGACCUUUAACGUUACCAUCCGAAAGACGUGACCAGGGCUCGAUAGCAGAUACUUGGGACAAAGCCCAGUGCUGAUAAAACUAUAUCUUUAUGUGUAUGACAACGCCGUUUUUUUUCUCGGAUUAACUCGGAAGAAGUAAGACCGGGGGAACACUUCAUGAAAGGACUUGUCGGACGUUUUAUCCGACAAGUCCCAUUUUCUCCGAAAGUUACCAUAGUAACAGUGCUCCUUAAUCAAAAUCAAGGGAAAUUGUCAGAUCUGACAACUUGUCGGACAAAAAAAAUGGCGCGGUGCACUCAACUAAAAACUGAUGUGUACGGGCGAUGCUGUGGAGAUGGGCCGACUGUCCCUCCUAUUUUCCAAGUUUGAUAUAAUCAAAUUAAAUCAUUUUAUUUUCCAUUUAGAAUACAAGUAAAACAAAGACAUUCAACUUGAUCUAGAAACGGUAGCCCCCCCCCCCUUCCGUUCCCAAAUUAUAGCUUGCGACGACGGGGUUCCUUUACAAAGAUAAACAAAUUUAAUUUAAAUCAAUUUAGAGAAGAAAAUCAGAAAAUAAAAAAGAAGGAAAAAAACAUGAAAAGAUGUCUCGGUCGUGGAACUUGAUAUAUUGCCGCGUAUUAUGAGAAAAAGUGACGUCCCGUGGCUUUAGUUCGUCUUCCACCCGCCCCUUAAGCUACCCUCUCUUUAAUUUUACAUACCGUGACAUACGUGUACACGUAUAGAUACUGCAAGUCAUUAUCACUUUGUCAUUAUUUUCAUAUCAUCUCAAAGAUUAUGUAACGCAUGAUUUGUAAAUUGUCACUUUUCUCUGAUCAUUAAAGCUACAUUUUUAAAGUUCAUAUUAGCAAUUUGUUUUCUAUUGUUUGAGGAAAACGCAUGUGCAAAUGUUAUGCAAAGAAAAUGAUUUACCUAUGAAAUUUUAA